AUGUCGCUUCUGACCACCGAACUGCAAUACUCGACUACUGAUACAUUUUUAAUUGUUGGUCCGAGUAGAAUUCGGCCCAAUCAUAAGUACACAGUGGUGAUAACCAACUUUAAGGAACCAACGGUAGAUCUUGUUCUAGCGAUCGAGGGCAUUGAAGACAGUAGCGAUGGUGUGUUAAAUUUAACGAAAUCGGUGGACGUGCGUCCGAAUAAUACUCGCAUAGUUGAUUUCGAUAUACCAGGAAACCUGCCUUCCGCGAGCUAUAAGCUCACUGUCGAUGGACAGCGUGGCUUUAGCUACCACGAGGAAGAACCGCUUAAAUUGGUAUCAAAGACAAUUUCCGGUUUGAUACAGCUCGACAAGCCAGUUUAUAAGCCCGGCGAAACAGCAAACUUUCGCGUCAUUGUGUUGGACACCGAGUUGAAGCCUCCGGUUGGUGUCAAAACUGUGAGCGUCGCUAUCCAUGAUCCAAACGGGAACCCGAUUCGCAAGUGGUCGGCGGCACGUUUGAACUUUGGAGUGUUUGAGGCUCAGCUUGAAAUCGCUCCAUCGCCGGUUCUGGGGUUGUGGAACCUCUCAGUGGAAGUGGAAGGAGAGCAGCUGGUGUCCAAGUCUUUCGAGGUGAAGGAAUACGUCCUCUCCACAUUCGACGUGGAUGUUCUACCGACGGUGAUUCCACUGCAAGAGCAUCAAGGCCUGAAUCUGACAGUAAUUGCCAACUACUUCACCGGAAAGCCGGUGCAAGGAACGGCUAUUUUAAGCUUGUAUGUGGAAGAUGACGCAGAGGUUGAAACGAAAAGGUGGAACAUGAAUGGUAUGGAUCAGGUGCAUCUGAGCUUCACAGAAGAAUUGGAAAUUAUGGAGAAACAGCAAGAUGUGUACAUAAAUAUAACAUUCAUCGAGACAUUCACAAAUCGUACGGUAACGAAACGGAAACCAAUAACAGUAUACAAAUACCCGUACCAUGUGGAAUUGAGAAAGGAAAACGCCCGUUUUCGGCUCGGAAUGCCGUACAAGUUUGAUAUUCUCGUUAAAUACCACAAUGGAACACCGGCAACGAAUGUAAAGACAAAAGUAAUGAUCGAAGGUCUGGAGGACGAGUACAGUAAGGAUCUGACCAGUGAUAAGAAAGGCGUUAUAAAGCAAAGUGUCACUCCAAAUGAUGACUAUAUAGCAGUUAUGGUUCAAAUUGAUGAAAACGAACAGUUAUCCGAAGAAAUUCACGCUCUGGAAACAAACACCAAUGCUUUUAUUUCACUUGACCUCAAAUCUAAGGUACAUUUGGGAAAACCAAUAAAGCUAAUGGUAACAUGCACGGACAAGAUGGCCUUCAUCGUGUACUACGUUGUAGCUAAAGGGAACAUAAUCGACGCUGGAUAUGUGGAGCAGAGAAAUGUAAAAAGAUUUAAUUUUCAAAUAAAUGCCACAGACCGCAUGGUGCCGCAGUCCAAAAUCGUAGUGGCAACCCUUGCUGGGGAAACAGUGAUUUUUGAUGACGAAAGUAUAGAAUUCACCGAACAGCUGAACAAUAGCAUGGGACUAAUCGCUAAAACUUUGAACGAUCUUAAAAUCGAAGGUGGGCUAAUGUCUGGCCGUGCCGGAACUGUAUCAACUCAAAGUGCAUCAGCAAUGAUAUCCUUCCGUGUAAACUUUUUGGAGUCUUGGCUCUGGACAACGUAUACGUUGAACAGGUUGGGCAAACAUACGCAGGAGGUGGUAGUGCCAGAUACAACAACAGCCUGGCAGCUGACGGCAUUCUCAGUUGAUCCUGUGUAUGGACUGGGGAUCGUCAAAGAGCCUAUCGUGUUUACCACAGUCCAAUCGUUCUACAUCGUCGAUAAUCUUCCGUACUCCAUCAAGCGAGGCGAGGCGGUUUUGCUACAGUUCACCUUGUUCAACAACAACCACGAAGGAGGCGAAGCGUAUGUCACAAUGUACAAUAUCGGUAAUCAAACUGAGUUCAUAGGCCGACCUGAUGGUGAAUUGAGCUACAAAAAGAGUAUCACGUUGCCUCCGAAGGUAGGCGUUCCUUUUUACUUUCUCAUAAAAGCAAAGAAGCUCGGAGAAAUGUUAAUACGCGUGUCCGCUUCGUUCGGAGGGGAGGUGGAUGGAAUUGAGAAAGUCAUUCGAGUGAUGCCGGAUAGCUUGGUGGAGAAGAGGAUGCAAUCACGGAUUUUCAACCAAAAAACAUACGUCAAUGAAACGUUUGAUAUCGACUUGGACAUAGACCGAAAUGCAGAUGCUGGAUCGCAAAAAAUCGUAUUUACGGUCAAUCCCAACAUACUUUCCACCGUUGUGCAAAACUUGGGGGAGCUUCUAAACGUUCCGACCGGAUCGGGGGAGGCUAAUAUGGUGCAUUUUGUGCCAAAUAUCAUCGUGUUGAAUUAUCUGAAAGCGAUUAAAUCAACAGACACAACUUUGAUCAACAGAGCCACCAGCCUGCUUCGUCAAGGCUACCAAAAUCAGAUGCGAUAUCGCCAAUGGGAUGGUUCUUUUGGCGUUUGGCAGAAUAAGGGUGGAAGCGUGUUUCUUACAGCGUUUGUCGCGAAUUCUUUGGACAUUGCAUCAAAUUACAUUCCUGAAGUAGAUACAUCAAUGGUUACGAAAGCUUUCCAAUGGUUGACCAAUAAGCAGGAUAGCUAUGGAAAGUUUAAUGAAGUGGGUUCCGUCAUACACCAGGAUCUGCAAGCUGGUCGAAAUGGGAUCGCUUUAACAUCCUAUGUGUUAAUUGCAUUAUUGGAAAAUCGAAACGCCAGAGUAACCCAUUCUGGCGUUAUUUCUAGAGGUAUACAGUACAUAAAAAGUAGCAUGCCUCAAGUUUCUGACAAUUAUGAUUUAUCCAUCGCAAUUUACGCUCUCAUGCUCCACGACAAAACUGCAAAUGCUCCCUGGUUGAACACGCUCAUCGAUAAAUCCACCAGCGUCAAUGAUGGUGCUGAAAGAUAUUGGUCAAGAGAGCCUCACAGCAUAGAAACGACCGCCUACGCACUGUUGGCAUUGAUUCAGGGAGAUAGAUAUCCGGAUGGUGUCGCUGUUAUGCGCUGGCUGGUCAACAAACGGUACUACACUGGAAGCUUUCCGCGUACGCAAGACACAUUCGUUGGACUUAAAGCACUCUCUAAGUUGUCAGAAGCAAUUUCUCCCUCUAAAAACGAUUACACCAUCAACGUGAAGUAUAACAAACACACAGAAGCUACCACCACGGUGAAAAUUAGUCAGGGCAUAACGAAACCACACACUAUCGCCAUUCCAAGCGAUGCGCGGAAGAUAACUGCUUACGUUGGAGGAGUUGGUUUUGGACUACUCGAUUUCAAGUAUGAAUACACUUUGGAUCUAAGGCAAUACAACCACCGGUUCAGCCUUUCAGUAGAUAAAAUAUCAUCGGAUUACACGUUGAAGCUGAAAAUAUGUACAAGCUUCGUUCCGCGACUAAUAGACGAGCGAUCCAACUUGGCACUAGUAGAAGUAAACUUUCCCAGCGGGUACGUAGUGGACAACACUCCGAUCAGCGAGGCGACGACAGCCAACCCAAUACAAAAAUUCGACAUACGCUUCGGUGGAACUUCAGUGGUGGCGUACUACGACAACAUGGGCAUAGAAAAGAAUUGCUUCCACAUUACGGCAUUCAGACGUUUCAAGGUAGCACUCAAGCGCCCAGCAUAUGUGGUGGUGCACGAUUUUUUCAAUCCUAAAUUAAAUGCAAUUCAGCCCUACGAAGUUGACGAGCAAAACCUAUGCGAUGUCUGCGAGGGGGAGGAUUGUUCGCCAGAAUGUAAUGUUUAG